AGCAUGAAUUCAUGACCCUACGAUGGCUCUAGAGUCGUCAUCUCGUCCAUAUAACACAUGUUCUCAGUCUCCUUGUCAUAGUCCUUCGGCUCGUCCUUUGCAGGAAUAGCAAGCCAGUCGCUAUGCACGUUCCCACCACGGUCCUUCAGCUCCUGCCACCGAUUCCUGCCCGUAGCCUGCCCUUCCCACAACCACAUACCAUGCAGCAUUCUGCCCCAGCCGCCCGCCGUGGCAUCCACAGAAUCGUAUUCGAACAACACUGGCUGAAGUAUUGCUCCGUGCUCGCCACACAGCUCCACGAACUCUCUCGCGGUCAGUCCCGGGGACACAACACGCAUUUCGCACAGGUCCCGGAGCCAGAGCAGCAGCAGGCCUCCGGCUUCGAAGAGCACGUACCAGGUGUUCCAGAGGAGCGGCACGAGCGCGCCUAGGUAGUGGUAUGCGUGCUCAACGUC